AUGUCUGCGACAUUUACGGAGGCAGGUUCUUGGAACACCUUAGAACCUAAAUUGAGUCUUUUCACUUUGGAAACUUUGGAAACUUUAGGUUUUUCAAAAAUGACACCUGUUCAAGCAAGUACCAUUCCAUUGUUUAUGAAAAAUAAGGAUGUAAUGGUUGAGGCAGUGACAGGUUCUGGUAAAACUCUUGCAUUCGUUAUUCCAAUAAUCGAAAAAUUAGUUUAUCGAAAAAAACGACUAGCAAGUAAUGAAAUAGAUCCUUCUUUACCAAAGCAUGCACUCAUCAUCGGAGGUGUUACGACACUUCAAGAUGAUAUUACCGAAUUUAAGGAAUUGGGUCCGGAUAUUCUUAUAGGAACUCCUGGACGAUUACAAGAUUUAAUCAUCGGUAGAGGAAAUGCGAAAAGUGUGGUGAAUACAAAAGAAUUAGAGAUAUUAGUAUUAGACGAAGCUGAUAGAUUGUUGGAUAUGGGAUUCUCGCAAACUUUAAAUAAUAUCAUUGCACAUUUACCCAAACAAAGGCGAACUGGACUAUUCUCCGCAACGAUAACUGAUGCGAUCUCUGAGAUCGUUCGUGCAGGAUUAAGGAAUCCAGUGAGAGUUGUUGUCAGGGUUCAAGAUAUAAUUUCAAAGGAUGAAUUGAGGACACCAGCAACUUUGGAUAUUGGAUACAUUGUAUGUGAACCGCAUCAAAAAUUAAUUCAGUUAAUACGAAUAAUCAAUCAGGAAGCGAUCGCAAAAAAAUAUAUUGUCUAUUUUGCUACUUGUGCUUGUGUUGAUUAUUUUUAUAAGAUCUUAUCGAGGGUGCAACAAUUAAAAGGAGCAUCCAUUCAUUCAUUACAUGGACAAAUGGAUACAAAGAGACGAACGGCCACCUAUCAUUCAUUUCUUAACACUCCGACUACAUCAAAAGCACUUUUAUUGUGUACCGAUGUCGCCGCACGAGGAUUAGAUAUGCCUGAUGUAGAUUAUGUCAUACAAAUGGAUCCGCCUCAAGAUCCAAAAGUUUUUUCUCAUCGUUGUGGCAGAACUGCAAGAGCUGGAAAAGAAGGCAAGGCAAUCGUAUUAUUGGUAAGAGGAAGGGAGGAAGUGUAUGUAGAUUUUUUGAAGAUUCGAAAAAUCCCUUUACGACAACUUUCCUAUGUAUUACCUGAUUCAAUCACAACGCAAGACCCCGUCGUUGAUGAAGAAAACGAGGUUCUUCUGAAACAAGUUCGAGACAUCAUUUUAACGGAUCGAGAUUUACAUGACAAGGGUAUAAAAGCUUUCGUUUCAUACGUUCGUUCAUAUACAAAGCAUGAUGCUAGUUACAUCUUUCGCUUGAAAGAUUUAAACUUGGGCAAGGUUGCCAAAGGUUACGGUUUACUACGGUUACCGAAAAUGCCCGAGCUAAAAGAUUACAAAUCCGAUGAUUUCGAAGAAACCCCUAUAAAUAUGGAUGAAUAUAAAUACGCUGAUAAGUCUCGUGAAAAACAGAGAAGGCAAAAAUUAACCGAAGCAAAAUUAAAAUCUGCCACACAAUCAGAUAAAAGGCAUAAACGACAACUACUCCCAAAGGUAGAAGAUCCCCGUUUACGUUUACGGCGGGCCGCCUGUGAGGGCAACCUCGAUCUUAUUAAACGACUUCUUAAGAAAACGAACAUGCAAAAUCCAGAUCCUGAAAAUGGAUGGACGACCUUAAUGUAUGCUACACGUUGUAGACAUGAAUAUGUUGUUGAAUAUCUACUUCAACUGGGACAUGAUGAAUUAGAACCUUCCAGAGACUUUGAGAAUAAUACUAUAUUAAUGGUAGCUGCAGAAUAUAAUGCUUUGGAGAUUUUGAAAAUAUAUACUAAAUAUUAUCCUCAUAGUGUCAACAUGGUUAAUAAACAAGGACAAACAGCUUUAAUAAUUGCUUCCAAACUUGGUAAUCUCGAUGCGAUUAAAUUGUUAUUGGAAAUUGGUGCAGAAGUCAAUCAAGCAGAUUUUGAUGGAAACACCGCCUUACAUUAUUCCGCAGCCUGGAAUCAUUUUCAAGUGGUAACGAUGCUAAUUGAACGUGGUUGUCAAUUUGCCAGCAAAAAUAAAUCCGGAUGGACUGCAUUGGACUAUUCAUAUUCAAUGGAGCUGAAAGCACAUUUACAGGAAUGCGCUCGUGCAUAUCACGAAGAAACAAAGAAUAGUAGGCGACGCAAUCUUAAAAUUUCAGUUGAUUCAAUGAUAUCGCUCGAUUCAAUACCGAUAACAACUCGAUCGGCCACCUUUCCACCAGUAAAAGAAUUGAUAUUGGAUAAUGGUAAUCAAGGAAAUCGUUCCUAUUCGAAUGGUUCUUUAUCACCAAAUGAUUUCAAUCCAAUGAAUCAGAUGAAACGAAAGGAGUCUUUACCAUGGUGA